AUGCCAUCUGUCGAGAUUUCGCUGGCUCCAACCAACAUCGAAGUCACCUCCGACAUGAUCGAUGCAGUGAACGUCCUAAGAGCCAAGAGCACCGACCCCACAACAUCGAAAGAUCUGUACGACGACUCCGAGUUUGACAAAACCAAAGACAAGACUACCUUUCGCCAAUUCAACGAUGCCUGUGACCGUGUGAAGAACUUCUACGCGCAGCAACACACCCUACAAACCGUGGCUUACAACCUGAAAGCCCGACACGGCUUCCACAACAAGACGCGAGCCCAUAUGACGGUCUGGGAAGCCAUUGAAAAGCUCAACACCUUCAUCGAUGAAUGUGACCCCGAUACCCAGGAGUCACAGAUGACACACCUUCUUCAGUCUGCUGAAGCAAUUCGCCAGGAGGGAAAGCCGCGCUGGAUGCAACUUGUCGGAUUAAUUCAUGAUCUGGGAAAGUUGCUAUUCUUCUUCGGCGCACAGGGCCAGUGGGAUGUCGUGGGUGAUACGUUUCCUGUUGGAUGUGCUUUUGAUGAUCGCAUCAUUUUCGGUACGGAAUCUUUCAAAAACAAUGAGGACUUCAAGAAUCCGAUCUACAAUACCAAGUUUGGGAUCUAUUCUCCUGGCUGUGGACUGGAGAAUGUGAUGCUUUGCUGGGGUCAUGAUGAAUACUUGUAUCACAUUGUCAAGGAUCAGUCGACAAUUCCUGAUGAAGGUCUUGCGAUGAUCAGAUAUCACUCGUUCUAUCCGUGGCACCGGGAGAAUGCUUACCACGAGUUGAUGAAUGAGCAUGAUAAGAAAAUGCUUGCGGCAGUGCGGGCCUUUAACCCUUAUGAUUUGUACAGCAAGAGCGAUAGCGUGCCGGAUCCAGUGAAGCUGAAGCCUUACUAUCUCGAGCUGAUUGACGAAUACUUCCCUAACAAAGUGCUCCGCUGGUAA